UUUAGUAUCUACAUCAUAGUUCAUCAGAAACUGAUCAAUCAAAGUAUCUGAACUUCGUUACUUUCUAUAAACACAGUAGUUCUACUUCAUGAGGCUUGGAACAUCUAUUUGAUAUUUUAGUGCAAAAGUAUUAGCAUAUCAUCAUUUUGGUAUGAUAAUUCUUUGCUGAACAGUCACUAUUGCCUGCGAAUAGUGUUACGAAAUAAAAAAGGUUACUGUUACAGUAUUUUCAAAUUGAAAUGGCCUUGACUUCGAUUCCGAAGGCCGAGUUAGUUAUAAUCGGAGCAUCCGUUGCUGGUGGUUUCCUUAUUAGGUAACUUAUCCGAUUUGGUACCUGGACAAAGUUCAACACGACUGUCAUUGACCGGAAUGAGUUCGUUGAGUGGUUGGUUACCAUGGAUGAUUAUUUAUUCGAUGAGACGAAAGUGGAUAAACAUCUCUUCCGAACAAAUGACUAUUUCGAACAGAAUCAGUUGUCCAAAUACAACAUCAAAUUCGUUCAAGGCACGGUUAAAAAUGUCACGAGUGAGGGAUACGACUUAGGAGGCACAGUGGAAUUCGAAUCAUCCGAGAGUGAAGCAGGAAUUGAGAAAUGUCAGUUCGACUAUUUGGUAAUUGCGACUGGUGCUCAAUAUGGAACUCCGAUCAAGGACGGGAACAGAACUAAAGCUAAUCGGUCACAAGAACUGAAGUGCUGGAGUUCUCGGAUAGCAGAUGCUUCUGAAGUGGUAGUGGUUGGAGGGGGUGCGGUGGGGGUUGAGUUCUCAGCAGGAAUAGCUUACAAAAACAGGCAGAACAAAAACAAAGAACGAACACAGAAAGUUCAUCUGGUAACUAGGUCAAAUCAUCUUCUCGAGCGGCUGCCUCCAAAAGCCAGUCAAUACGCUCUGGACGCCCUCACAAAACUGAACGUCACAAUUCAUUUCAAUAAAGACGCGGAGGAGCUUCGAUCAGAACUUCCCGAUGCUCUUUUUCUGCCUGCGGCUACAUACAUAGACACUAGUUUUCUGGACCGAAAAGUUUUUGGAGACUCUAUUGCUUCAAAUGGAGGAAUUAAAGUGAACCGAUACAUGCAGGUAGAAAACUUCGGAAGAAUAUUUGCACUGGGGGACUGUUCAGUUACGCCUCUGAAUGAAGAGAAGGGAGUGGUGUCAGUUGCGCAAAUAGGGAACACUGUGUGGCACAAUUUAGAGAACAGUUGUGAAAACAGAAGUCUAGUCAGUUUGCCAACCAGAAUAGAAACUGUACAAGGCGUCACUCUCGGUAGAAACGAUGGCUUAUUUGUUGUGAACUACCAAUUGGUCAUGACGGGAAGAGUAAUCCCCAAGUUCAAGGACAAAACAGGAGAAAUGUUCGGAAAUCUGCAACACGAGUUGGCGCACGACAAACAGUCGGCAGUGGUUUUGCCUGUUCUCGGGUGGAUCUCAGCAUUUUGCGGUUUUUGUCCAAUUUCGAGUCGUUAUCGAGAAACGGCUCUGAUUAAAAAAGGAGUAUUGAUGAGAAAAGACGAAUCGAGUAUAACUGAGAGAAUUGACCCAAAAAAAGAUUGAACUAUUCAAAAUUUUGAUGAACUUUAAUCAAAUAUGAAGAUAAUUUGU